CCUCCCACAGAGACGGCCCAGCGCCCCUCCUCCUCUUCUCGCCGACUGAGAGCGGGAUGGAGCUCCAGAGUGGAGCGGUGCCACUGGACAGGCCGGGGUCAGGCCACUGAAGACAGGCCACGAGUGGUGCGCUUCUCCCUCUCCCUCUCCCCCCCUCCCCCUCACUUUCCCACCCGGUGUGAUGUGGAUACCAGCGGCCGAGGCGCUGCCCGGCCCGGGACAGGCAGCGGGAAGGGCGGCUGCAACAUGAAGAAGUGGUGUGGCGUGCCGGGGAUGCUGCUGAGGAUUAACGUGGCGAUGAUCGCAAGGCGCUGAAAGAUGAGCGAGGAGGCAAACCAGACCGAUGAUAGUUACUUUGCACGAGUGCGAGCAGUGGUGAUGACCCGUGAUGACUCGAGUGGAGGAUGGGUACCACUGGGAGGGGGCGGACUCAGCUGUGUCACUGUUUUUAAAGUUCAUCUGGAUGACUGUGCUCGCGAUGAUUUUCUUAUCCAUGGGGAAAGGCUCCGGGACAAAACAGUGGUUUUGGAAUGUGCCUUGAAGAAGGAUCUAGUUUACAACAAAGUAACUCCAAUAUUUCACCACUGGAAGAUAAAUGAAAAGAAGUUUGGACUUACCUUUCAGAGUCCUGCUGAUGCUAGAGCAUUUGACCGUGGUAUUCGGCGAGCUACUGAAGCUAUCUCAGAAGCAGGUUGCCAAGAAACUUCCAAUGAAGCUACAGUUUCUGAUGAUGGCUUUCAACCACCUCAAGAAAAUGAUGCUGAUUCUUUGAAAAGAAAAGAGAGAAUUUUACGACGUGACACUGUAGUAACCAGUGAACCUUGCAGAAGUUGCUAUGUUAGAACGCCUCCACCUGAGGAAUUCAGUUCUCGAAGAUUGUAUUUUCCUGCUCAGCAGAAUCAGGUCAUGUUAAAAUCAACUAGGCAUGUCAGCUUUCAAGAUGAUGACGAAGUAGUGAGGAUAAAUCCUCUGAAGGAUGUAUUGAUUAGGGGCUAUGAAGACUACAGACAUCCUAUUGUGAGAAAAAAUGAUUUGGAAACAGAAGUAGAUUCGUAUGUGUGUUUUAAGCCUGAAUCUAAGAAACAUGAUUAUGUAUAUCCUUCAGUGCAAGGGAUGGAAUCCGAUUCUGUUAAAGAUUCAAAGGGUUCUGUUGUAUUCAAAGCACAGCCUCCCACUUCACUGAAAUCAAAAAAAUCCAAACGAAGGAAAGAGGACGGAGAGCGCUCUCGUUGUAUAUAUUGUCGAGAUAUGUUUAACCAUGAGGAGAACAGAAGAGGACAGUGUCAGGAUGCUCCAGACCCGAUCAAGAGGUGCAUUUAUCAAGUGAGCUGCAUGCUGUGUGCAGAGAGUAUGCUCUAUCACUGUAUGUCGGACUCUGAGGGAGAUUUCUCUGAUCCAUGUUCAUGUGACACUGGUGAUGACAAAUUCUGUUUGCGUUGGAUGGCUCUUAUAGCCUUGUCUGUUUUUGCACCAUGUAUGUGCUGCUACCUCCCUCUAAGAGCCUGCCACCAUUGUGGUGAGAUUUGUGGAUGUUGUGGAGGAAAACACAAAGCAGCUGGAUGAUGUAAACAGUUGGGAGCCAAGCUGUGCAAAUAGUUUUUCUCCAGAUGGCAUCAAUUCUGGCUCAUGAGGGUAUUGGCCCUCUGGUAUUCAAAGCCAGGAUCAGUUGCAGAGCUGUGCUAGUUUCCAGGUCUAGUGGAGAAGUGAUGUGCUUUAAAUGAUAAUGACAUUUCUAUAGGCCACCAUGUCUAAUACUUCGCAUGGCACAGUCUAACUCAAGAGGUCUUGCGAAGCAGAGAGGUCUUUGCUUUUAGCUGUUAAUAAUGAACACUGUAUGUGAUUAUGCAGAAGGUAUUCAUUUUGCAGUUUUGUACAUUGAAUUGGUUAUGGGACCUGGUGUCUCACAUGAAGCUUUUACUGAAGAGACUCAAGUUUUAGAUUAAAAGCACGAGGUAACUGUUUGGAUUUUUUUUAUUGAGAAAGAUUAUUUUAGAUUUUGCUUCUGUUAAGUAUUACUAUGUGCAUUUACAGAAUCACUUAUCCAGAAGUGCAGAUGAAUUUACUGUCUGAGUAAUUACAGAUUAUUUAACACAUGUAAAGUGUCAAACUCUAUAUAACUAAAUUUGAGAUAUGGCUUGUACUUGAAGAAAUGUAAUCUUUUAGUCCUGUGUCAAGAUUUUGAUAUAUAAUUGACCCAUAGGUACACCUUUUAUUUUUAAUCCAUUGUAAUAUGCAUGCUUGCUAAUGAUUUAGCAUUAUUUUGAAUAUUUUUCCACCUUCCCCAUAAAACAGAAAGUAACUGAUUUUAAAAUUAUCUAAAACUUAUUGAACAUUUGGGGCGUAUUUAGAUUUAUAAUCAUCUGAAAAAACACUUCUAAUAUUUUCGCACAACCAGCAAGUUUCUUGUCAAUGACCCAAUAAGUUAGAUGAUUUAAUACAUUGAUGUAACUGAGAAUCAUAUACUAUUAAAAAUCUAAAAGAUAUAUAGUCAAUACAAGCAUUUUAGACCGAGCUUUAUGUCCGCAAGCUAUCAAAAAGCAAUAGAUAUAGUUUUGGAAAGAUACAGUUUUAAUUUGUAAAUUAAGCAAAUGUUAGGGCAUUUAAUGAUGCGAAACUAUACUAGCUUAUUUUGUUCUGAGAUGAAACUGAAUGCUCUUACUUUAAAAAAAACAACCACUGAGGUGCUGGAUUUCCCUGGAUAAAUUUUGCAUACAGGCAUGGUGUGGAGUGGUUCCUGUAAAUGUGUAUGUGGUUUUGUGUUGAAAUACAUAGGUAUGGUAUGUGUAGAUGUAAUUAAAAAUCAGAAUUUACAUUGGAGCCAUGUAUGUUGGCUAGAACUAGGACUACACAGUGGAGAAGACAAAUUUUGAGAAUGAAUGGACUAAAUUAUUGGGCUUAAACAUAAAAGCCAAAUUUGUGGUUUAAAAAGGGAAGAAUUAUUCUUCACUUAGUUUAGAGCCUCUGAUAAUCAGUAACAUGUGGAAUAAACCAGUGUUUUACUUAUGGCACGCAGGCACAUUUGAUUUUGUACAUUUUCUCUACACACUAUUGUACUACAUUUUUCAUGUCUGUGAAUUUGAAGGGGAAAAUAGAGCUUGUGUGGUUGUGGUAGAAUCAUCUUCAGUCUAAGAUUUAAUGCUUCUAAAUGUUAUCAUAUUUAUUCACAAGAAAAUUACAUUUAAAAUUUAGGACUUCGGGUAAAGUUGCUUAGCCAGGUUCUAGUUUUUUCAAAUGUAAGUGUAAAUGAAUAACCCCAUUUGUAAGAUAUUCCACUUUAAAAUGCAUCUAUUUAUCAGCUGUGAGUAGAUGGAAUGAACUGACAGCAUUCUGUACAUAAAGCUAACUUUGAAUAUUAUUUCACAUUGAAAGUAGAGGCUAAAGAUAUGAGACUAAAUUUUAAAGAGCUUGUUUCUAGUUUUGUACCUAAUAGAAUGGCUCCAAAAGGAAAAUUGUGGUGAUGGGCAGUUAUUUCUUUUGCAAUUUUGAAUAUUUAAAAUUUGUGUAAUGCUUCAUUAUAGGAUUCCAUCUAUGCUGAUGAAUUUUGAUUUAUCAGUGUUUUGCACAUUAGGGGAAUCAAACAAAUUUUGAAUUGUAUUUAGAGUACUUGUACAUAGUCUGAGACCACUUGCUUAUUUUGUAUUUUUCUAUACAUUUCCGUUGUCCACAUAUUGAAAAAACUAAUGGCCAUGUUUCCAUUAAGUGCCAGAUAACUUUCCCUUUGAAAGAACUGCAAGCUAGCUGAGGAAAAUUCUGACUGACUUUUCUGUCAACUGCAGUUAGUAACGCACACAUAGACAUUAAUAAAACUGAAGUCUUAUCAACCCUGGCAUUCAGAAACUUCAUCUAAAAAUUCUGCUUAUAUAAUGUCUUCGAGGUAAGAUUUUUCUCUGAUGUUGUCCAAUCUGUAAUAUUCUGAGGGGAAGCUCUUAAUUCAUGAGAUUUUAAACAAUUCUUCAGGCCUCCACAUCUUAUCCAUUGCAUUUGCUUCUCAUCUGGGUUCUGGUGAGAAAAUUGUUUGUUCAUUUUUGCAUUAAAUGGAUAUUAUAUCUGAAUUAAUUUCAUUUUUCCAAAUAUAAGCUAGUCACAAUAAGUUACAGAGUGAAUGCUGGAUUGAAGACAGAGUUUGAAAAAGAAUCCAUCAUAUUUACUGGCUGCCUAAAAGAUGUGAUUUACCAAUUAUUCCAUUGUAAUAAGCCUUAAGCAGAAUUUCUGACCUUUUCAGUUUUCACUCUUGUUUUGACAUUGCUGUUCUUGUGAUUGUGCAACCAACUUUUAAAUUACAUUUGUGAAAAUGAACUGGGGCACAUAUUAAAUAGGUUUUCACAUGCAGGCCUAUUCUAUUAUAUUCUGCACUCAUAAUGCUCGGUAUUUAAUUCAAAAGUUGCUUCCUUCUUUUCAUAUCCUUUCCCCAUGUGCAGAUGGAAUCAGUGUUAGUAACUUUUUAAAAAUUCUCUACCAAAAUUAUUAUCAUAGUGGAAAUCAUUUCCAGUUCAAUUCGGAGACAGAAAUCUACUUAUCUGUAGAAUGUUAAACUUUAAAUAACUCCAAAUAUAACUUAAGGUGCUUUAUAUUUUUUUCCCAUUGGGUUCAGAGAAAGUCUGAGAGUGCUGGCACAAUGGAAUGUAAUGAUGCAUUUAUCCCAAAUGAACAACUUGCUGGCUGUAGAAAAGUGUUAUGUGUUGUAAUAGGUAUAUGUUGGCCUAAGAAUAAUCAGGCACUAUGAAUUAGUAUAGUGCAUCUAGCCAUGUAUUGAUUUUGUAUGCAAUGUCUGCUUUAUGUAUUUAAAAAACGCCCAAAAGGCAUGCCAAUAACGCUAAUCAACCCCUCUGAGUACUGAUGCCAUUUAUCACUGUUAACUUUUUAAAUGCAACUUUGUUCUACUUCCACUUUUUUUUAAAUGCUAUGCUUUCCAAAAUGAGACAUCAAUAGAAACCUAAAUUUGCAGAAUAUUUAGUAACCUUUCAAUUUUUCUCCAGAUUCUGUCUAUUGUUUGCUUACUGCCACUUCCUUAAUACACAGCCAACUUCCAAAAAGUGCCUCGCUUGUACAUUUUUAAAACUCCAUCUAAAUUUAACUGAUAUUGUACUUGGUACAUUUCAAUUUUAGGUAUUUUUAUUUUUGUGUUGAAAAGAUGAAGUAAGUGAUGUACAGUUUAGUUUAACUACUGCCAUGGGUGUAAUUAAAUGUACGAGAGUGUAGCUUCUUAAUUUCUCAAAUAUAUAUAAUGUAAAUAUGCAUAUACUGUAAGUUUGUAACAGAUUUUGUUACAUCAUACACUUGUAAUUUGACAUAUCAAACAAGUAUCAUAA